GGGAGGGCUGGGGAUCAGGACCCUCUUCCUCCGCUGCUGCCAGACACAGGGCCCCAUUACAGUUCCUCUACCCCUGCAGACCGAGCUCCCUCCCUCUCACCUGCUGCCCCCUGUACUCCCCCCCCACCCGCAAAAGAGACAAAGGGAGCGGCUCCGCUGCAGCCGCUUGGAGCCCUUUUCCCCGGGGGGGGGGGCAGAAGGGUUCUUGCAGAGGCCAGGACUGGGGGGCCUCUUCCCUGGGGACUGGCUGAAUCUGUCUUCCAACUCGCCUGCUCUUCUCCCCGUUCCUUACCCCCUUUCCUCUGGGGAUCGGGCUAGGUCAAGGGUCUGUCCCCACCCCAGCUCUUCUCGCUUUGAAGGAAUUAAAAAUUAUCUUCAUUUUUGAAGCCAUUAAGCACCCGGAUUUCCUUCUCUCUCUUGGCUUGGUUUGUUCUUCUUCUUGUUUGUCAGCUAUAUUAAGAUUCUCUCCCCCCGCCCCCCAUUUCUCAAUUAGAAGCAAAGUUUUGCAGAAAAAUUAAGUGCUUAUUUGGAAAGAGAAAAAUAACUUGACAAGGAAGACUCUUUGGCCAUAUGAGACUAACUGCUGGUCAAAGAUCUUAUGGCUGCAUUGGAAGUUUCAUUUGAGAUCAAAUUAAAAAAUGGAUUUGCAAAGCCCAGUAAGUAAUGAAUCAGGGGCAGGAGCAGAAAAAGACCCCCAAAGCAUUGAGGCUGGGAGUGGCAAGGAAUUCUGGGAAAGAAUGGUGCAGAAGAUCCUGGAAGCAGAUCACACCAGCAUCGCUGUUGAAUGCCAGAGACUCAGGCAUCUCCCAUACCAGGAGGCUGAAGGACCCCGAGACAUUUGCAGCAGACUCCACGCUCGUUGCCAUCAGUGGCUGAAGCCAGAAAAGCACACCAAAGCUCAGAUGCUGGACCUAGUAAUCCUGGAGCAGUUCCUGACUGUCCUGCCCCCGGAGAUGGAGAGCUGGGUCAGAGAGUGCGGAGCGGAAACCAGUUCCCAGGCAGUGGCCCUGGCAGAAGGUUUCCUCCUGAGCCAGGCAGAAGAGAAGAGGCAGGAGGCACUGGGUAUGUUAGCCAACAUGGCCACUGAUCCCCUGCAGGCAGAGAAGGCUCCGUCAGACACGAGGCACAGUCUGCUCUUCAGGGGAAUCGUACGGGAGUUGGAGGGGGAUGGAGGAACCACCUCACUGGGCUGUGAAAUGUCCCUGAACGUUCUUUCUAGGCCUUCUCCUCUGGGUGAUGGAGAGGAAGGUGUUGCUGUGUGGUCAUCGGAUCAGGGACCCGUGUCCUUUGAGGAGGUGGCUGUGUGUUUCUCCGAGGAGGAGUGGGCUCUGCUGGAUCCAGGCCAAAGGGCUCUGCACAGGGAAGUCAUGGAGGAGACUUCUGGGCAUCUGGCCUGGCUGGGUAAUCGGAGGAAGAACAGAAAAAAUGGGGAAGCAUCAAGAAGAAAAACUGAAGAAAAAGAGAAAAAGAAUUCAGCAGCUCCUGAAGGGACCAACAUCCAUGCAGUUCCAGCUGAAGAUAAGACUAGUAACCACACUCUAAGUGGAAGCAUCUUAACUAAUAAAUCACACCUAGGUGCACAUCACAGCACCCAUACGAGAGUGAGAGCAUAUCAAUGCACAGUCUGUGGGAACGGCUUCAGGAAUUGGUUGAACUUGUACGAACAUCAAAAAACCCAUACGGAAGAGAAACUGUGCUUAGAGUGUGGAAAGAGAUUCAGUUGUGACACUGCCCUUGCUGUCCACCAGUGUGUCUUCCAAGAAGAUACAUGUUCUAGAUACAGAAAGAGCUUCAGUGGCAGAGAUGAGCUUCCUUCCCAUCAAAGUAUUGACACAAGAGAGAAACCCUAUACGUGCUCAGAGUGUGGAAAGAGCUUCAAUCGGAAGUCAAACCUUUCUGCCCAUCAAAGAAUCCACACAGGGGAGAAACCAUAUACGUGCUCAGAGUGUGGAAAGAGAUUCAGUCAGAUGUACAAGCUGUCAAUCCAUCAAAGAAUGCACACAGGGGAGAAACCGUAUACAUGCUCAGAGUGUGGGAAGAGCUUCAGUUGGAAGUCACGCCUUUCUGCCCAUCAAAGAAUCCACACAGGAGAGAAACCAUAUAUGUGUUCAGAGUGUGGAAAGAGGUUCAGCCAGAAGGCUCAGCUUAAUGGCCAUCAAAGACUCCACACAGAAGAGAAACCAUAUAUGUGCUCAGAGUGUGGGAAGUGCUUCUGUGAGAAGGGAAGUCUUUCUGCCCACCAAAGAAUCCACACAGGGGAGAAACCGUAUACGUGCUCAGAGUGUGGGAAGAGCUUCAGUUGCAAGGGUAAUCUUUCUGACCAUCAUAAAAUCCAUACAGGGGAGAAACCAUUUACGUGCUUAGAGUGUGGAAAGAGCUUCAGACGGAAGCACAAACUUUCUGUCCAUCAAAGAAUCCAUACAGGGGAGAAACCGUAUACGUGCUCAGAGUGUGGGAAGAGCUUCAGUUGCAAGGGUAAUCUUUCUGACCAUCAGAAAAUCCACACAGAGGAUAAACCAUAUACAUGCUCAGAGUGUGGAAAGAGCUUCCGACGGAAGGACAAGCUUUCUCUCCAUCAAAUAAUUCACACAGGGGAGAAACCAUGUACAUGCUCAGAAUGUGGAAAGAGUUUCAGUCAUACGGGCCAGCUCUCUGACCAUCAAAAAAUCCACACAGGGGAGAAACAAUAUACAUGCUCAGAGUGUGGAAAGAGCUUCAGUUGGAAGUCACGCCUUUCUGCCCAUCAAAGAAUCCACACAGGAGAGAAACCCUAUUCAUGCUCAGAGUGCGGGAAGAGCUUCAGUUGCAAGGGUAAUUUUUCUGUCCAUCAAAGAAUCCACACAGGGGAGAAACCGUAUAUUUGCUUGGAAUGUGGGAAGAGCUUCAGUCAGAAAUACAAGCUUUCUGUCCAUCAAAGAAUCCACACAGGGGAGAAACCAUAUACGUGCUCAGAUUGUGGAAAAAGCUUCAGGCAGAAGUACGAACUUUCUGCCCAUCAAAGAAUCCAUGCAGGAGUGUGUAGUGAGCAGACUGCCAGCACUGAUAGAGUUAACAGGAAAAGGUCCUGACCAAUCAACCAGGCUGGCAGGACUAGAGGGUAAUGGUGUGCACAAACCAGUUGGGCUGUCCUUUGCUGCACUGCCAAACCGGUUCGGAGGUCUAGCAUUUUGAUUGGUUUGGCAGCAGGGGUUAACUUUUAAGGAGCAGAGCAGGUGCUGUUACCCCACCACCACCUGCCACAUUUUCUUCGGUGGCAGUUCUGGCGGGGGAAAUGCGGGAGGAGGAGUUUAGCGGGACCCUCCCUACUCCUUAAAGAUAAGCCCCCUGCCAACAAACCAUAUGUCUGAUAGUUCGUGCACAUCCUUACUAGAAAGUUCCUGGGUAGAAGAAAAGGGAGUUGCCCAGGUGAGAGGGGAUUGAUGGAGGCUGACCACAUUCUGUCUCAGUGAAUCUGCAGAAAUUGGUGAGACAGAUUUGCAGGAGCUUGGAUCUCACCAGGGGUUUGGGGAGGUUCAAGGGGCAGAAAGCCAAGUUGUGGCUUUCGGAUGUUAGUACUGGACGAAGUAUUGUUAGUAAGACAUGCAUCAGAGGAUAUUUUACUUGUUGCUGUGCAUUUCCUAAAUAUCUGUUUCUUGUAACUGAAUAAGAAAGAACACACCACCUACGAAGAGAUCUGGGUGUUUUGAAUAUUCUUGUAACCAAGCUAAGUGUUUCUAAGUGCAACUAAAAAGUCGAAACCUAAGACCACCUGGUCUGUGGCAACUUAACAAAAGGGUUUUCUCUGUUUUUACAAACCCUCACAGUGUGUUUGAUUAAAUGUGGGUGGAAGGGGGGAGGGGAAGCCUCUCCUGCAAUCCAUUUCCAAACAGAGACACUAAGCCAGCUAUGGUUAGCUCACCAUGUGCAGGCAUACGGGUGGGGAGAGGUUGUUUUUAUCUUUGCCGGUUAGCAAGGGGAAGUCAAGUUUGAAACUGGGAUUUUUAAUCACUCCAAUUCCCGUUAAUAAAAUAUAUUAAGGAGUGAUUUGGUGGCAGCAAUUUGAA